AUGGUGUGGCGGAGCCCAGUUGGGCGGCUGCGGAGGCGGCAGCGGGAGCCCGACUGCGGAGGCGCUCCUCCUCUGGCCAAGGCCAUGGCCCCGCGGCUGCAGCUGGAGAAGGCCGCCUGGCGCUGGGCGGAGACGGUGCGGCCCGAGGAGGUGUCGCAGGAGCACAUCGAGACCGCCUACCGCAUCUGGCUGGAGCCUUGCAUCCGCGGCGUGUGCAGACGAAACUGCAAAGGAAACCCAAAUUGCUUGGUUGGGAUUGGUGAGCAUAUUUGGUUAGGAGAAAUAGAUGAAAAUAGUUUUCAUAACAUUGAUGAUCCCAAUUGUGAGAGGAGAAAAAAGAACUCAUUUGUGGGCCUCACUAACCUGGGAGCUACUUGUUAUGUCAACACAUUUCUUCAAGUCUGGUUUCUCAACUUGGAGCUUCGGCAGGCGCUGUACUUAUGUCCAAGUACCUGUACUGACUACAUGAUGGGAGAUGGCAUCCAGGAAGAGAAAGAUUAUGAGCCUCAAACAAUUUGUGAGCAUCUCCAGUACUUGUUUGCCUUGUUGCAAAACAGUAAUAGGCGAUACAUCGAUCCAUCGGGAUUUGUUAAAGCCUUGGGCUUGGACACAGGGCAACAGCAGGAUGCCCAAGAAUUUUCAAAGCUCUUUAUGUCGCUUUUGGAAGAUACUUUGUCUAAACAAAAGAAUCCAGAUGUGCGGAACAUUGUCCAACAGCAGUUCUGUGGGGAAUAUGCUUAUGUAACUGUUUGCAGUCAGUGUGGCAGAGAGUCUAAGCUUUUAUCAAAGUUUUAUGAACUGGAGUUAAAUAUCCAAGGCCACAAACAGUUAACAGAUUGUAUCUCGGAAUUUUUGAAGGAAGAAAGACUAGAAGGAGACAAUCGAUACUUCUGUGAAAACUGUCAAAGUAAACAGAAUGCAACGAGGAAGAUCCGACUGCUAAGCCUUCCUUGCACUCUGAACUUGCAGCUCAUGCGUUUUGUCUUUGACAGGCAAACUGGACAUAAGAAGAAGCUGAAUACCUACAUUGGCUUCUCAGAGCUUUUGGAUAUGGAGCCGUAUGUGGAACAUAAAGGUGGAUCCUAUGUGUAUGAACUCAGUGCAGUUCUCAUACACAGAGGAGUGAGUGCUUAUUCCGGCCACUACAUUGCCCACGUGAAAGAUCCACAGUCCGGCGAAUGGUAUAAGUUUAACGAUGAAGACAUAGAAAAGAUGGAGGGGAAGAAAUUACAACUAGGGAUUGAGGAAGAUCUAGCAGAACCUUCCAAGUCCCAGACACGUAAACCGAAGUGUGGCAAAGGAACUCACUGCUCUCGGAAUGCAUACAUGUUGGUUUAUAGACUUCAGACUCAAGAAAAGCCCAAUACGUCUGUCCAGGUACCAGCCUUUCUUCAAGAGCUGGUAGAUCGGGAUAAUUCCAAGUUUGAAGAGUGGUGUGUUGAAAUGGCCGAGAUGCGUAAGCAAAGUGUGGAUAAAGGCAAAGCAAAGCACGAAGAGGUUAAGGAGCUGUACCAAAGGUUACCUGCUGGAGCUGAGCCCUAUGAGUUUGUCUCUCUCGAGUGGCUGCAGAAGUGGCUGGAUGAGUCGACACCUACCAAGCCUAUCGAUAACCACGCCUGCCUUUGUUCCCAUGACAAGCUGCAUCCCGAUAAAAUAUCCAUCAUGAAGAGGAUAUCCGAAUAUGCAGCUGAUGUUUUCUACAGUAGAUACGGAGGAGGACCGAGGCUCACUGUGAAAGCCCUGUGCAAGGAAUGUGUAGUAGAACGCUGUCGGAUGUUGCGUCUGAAGAACCAACUAAAUGAAGAUUAUAAAACUGUUACUAAUCUGCUAAAAACAACAAUAAAGGGCGAUGGCUUUUGGGUGGGAAAAUCGUCCCUGCGCAGCUGGCGCCAGCUGGCUCUUGAGCAGCUCGAUGAGCAAGAUGGUGACGCAGACCAAAGCAACGGAAAAAUGAACGGCAACACCUUGAAUAAAGACGAAUCAAAGGAAGAAAGAAAAGAAGAGGAGGAGGAAUUAAAUUUUAAUGAAGACAUUCUGUGUCCACAUGGGGAGUUGUGCAUCUCUGAAAACGAAAGGCGGCUUGUCUCUCCAGAGGCCUGGAGCAAACUGCAGCAGUACUUCCCUAAGGCGCCCGAGUUCCCCAGUCACAAAGAAUGCUGUUCGCAGUGCAAGAUUUUAGAAAGAGAAGGGGAAGAAAACGAAGCCUUACAUAAGAUGAUUGCAAAUGAGCAAAAGACUUCGCUCCCGAAUCUAUUUCAGGACAAAAGCAGACCUUGUCUUAGUAACUGGCCAGAGGAUACAGAUGUCCUCUACAUUGUGUCACAGUUCUUCGUAGAAGAAUGGCGGAAAUUUGUCAGGAAACCUACGAGGUGCAGCCCCGUGUCGGCGGUGGGAAAUAGCGCCCUUCUGUGUCCCCACGGCGGGCUCAUGUUCACCUUCGCUUCCGUGACCAAAGAAGAUUCUAAACUUAUAGCUCUCAUAUGGCCCAGUGAGUGGCAAAUGAUACAAAAGCUGUUUGUUGUGGAUCAUGUAAUUAAAAUCACAAGGACUGAAGUGGAAGACGCAAAUCCUUCAGAAACACAGUAUAUUUCUGAGCCCAAGCUCUGCCCGGAAUGCAGAGAGGGCUUACUGUGCCAACAGCAGAGGGACCUGCGUGAAUACACUCAAGCCACCAUCUAUGUCCAUAAAGUCGUGGAUAAUAAAAAGGUGAUGAAGGAUUCCGCUCCGGAGCUGAAUGUGAGCAGUUCCGAAACAGAGGAGGAUAAGGAAGAAGCUAAGCCAGACGGAGAAAAGGACCCAGAUUUUAAUCAGAGCAACGGAGGAACAAAAAGGCAAAAGAUAUCGCAUCAAAAUUACAUUGCCUUUCAAAAGCAAGUUAUUCGACGGAGUAUGCGACAUAGGAAAGUUCGUGGCGAGAAAGCACUUCUUGUUUCUGCUAAUCAGACAUUGAAAGAAUUGAAAAUUCAGAUCAUGCAUGCAUUUUCAGUGGCUCCUUUUGACCAGAAUCUCUCCAUUGAUGGAAAGGUUUUAACUGAUGACAGCGCCACCCUCGGCACCCUUGGAGUCAUUCCAGAGUCUGUCAUUUUGUUAAAGGCUGAUGAACCAAUCGCUGAUUAUGCUGCAAUGGAUGAUGUCAUGCAAGUGUGUAUGCCAGAAGAAGGGUUUAAAGGUACUGGUCUCCUUGGACAUUAA